AUUUUCUUCGCCAUAACCAUUUCUCCAUCUCUCCCUCUCUCUCUCUCUCUCUCUCUCUCUCUGUGGCGAGCAAGAGCUGCAAAAACCCUAGAAUUCUGUUUCAGGAAACGAGAGAAAACUGUUUCCUGUAAAAAUCUAAAGCAGAUGGAGAAGAUGGGAGUCUCGAUCGAUGUCGGAUUGGACGGAGUAGCAGUCAUCCGCAUCCGUAAUCCUCCAGUCAAUGCAUUAGCUCCUCUCAUUAUUGCUGGAUUGAAGGAGAAAUACAUUGAAGCAAUGGAAAGAGUCGAUGUUAAAGCUAUCGUAGUAACCGGUGAGGCGGGGAAAUUUUCCAGUGGCUUUGACAUCAAUACUCUUCAGAAUGUACAAAAGAUUGGAGACGUAUCAUUGCUACCAGAUGUGUCUAUUGAACUUAUGGUCAACAAUAUUGAAGAUGCUAAAAAGCCUUCUGUUGCCGCUAUUCAGGGAGUAGCACUUGGUGGUGGCUUGGAAUUAGCGAUGGCAUGCCAUGCACGCAUCGCCACACCAGAAGUUCAACUUGGUUUACCUGAAUUGACACUUGGAGUUAUUCCUGGAUUCGGAGGCACCCAACGCCUUCCAAGGCUUGUAGGGAUUUCAAAGGCCAUUGACAUGAUGCUGUCAUCCAAGUCAAUAAUUGCCAAAGAAGGGAAGGAGCUGGGUCUUAUUGAUGCUAUUGUGUCUUCUGAAGAUUUGCUGAGAGUAUCAAGGCUCUGGGCUAUACAGAUUGCCGAGAGGCGCAAACCUCGGAUAUCUUCACUUCGUAGGACUGAUAAACUCAGUUCCCUUUCUGAAGUACAUGAAAUAUUGACAAUUUCCAGGGAAUAUGCAAGAAAAGCUGCUCCCAAUAUGCCUCAGUACUUGGCGUGCCUUAAUGUGAUUGGGGAGGGAAUCAGCUUGGGAGGAUAUGCUGGUGUUUUGAAAGAGGAAAAAUUGUUCAAGGAAUUGGUGCUGUCAAGUACUUCAAAAGGUCUUGUUCGUGUCUUCUUUGCACGACGUGCAACUUCAAGGAGCAUACCUUCUUCAGAGUCCCAGUGGGCACGCCUGUGACUAGAGCUUCUAUUGUGUGUAUUCUGGUGCGUGCUGGUGUCCCCCUAUAAAGCAACUAGCUAUAUACAAAAAUAAAAUAAUCAUUCGACA